CAGCUUUUUUUCACGGUGUAUGGAGGUCAAGAAGACACACACACACAGGGGCAAGUUCAGGACACAGAUCUGGAAUGAACAACUAAAAUCGAAAUGACAAGUAAAGGGCAAAUGACCUUGUGGUUAUUCUUGACUUUGUACCUGCUGCCCGGAGAGUGCUACCCCAGCGGGAAAGUGACGGAGUCAUGCGGAGACAUGAUGCCUGUGCAUGGGCAUGACCCAAGUCCCCAGAUCUCGCCAUAUAACAUUACUCUGGACAAGUACCAGUACCACGUUGGCGACCAAAUCAGAGUGACAUUAUCUAUGACUUCAACUGGCAGCAGUCAUUUCAAAGGCUUCCUGAUCGAGGCCCGGGCACAGGGCAGGCGUAACAGUGGGGCAGUGGGUUCAUUCACCCUGGUUGACCCGGGCAUUUCACAGCUGCUUGAUUGCAAUGACAUAAAGGGUUCAGCGGUGAGUCACACCAGUAGCUCUAAAAAGACAGAGGUGCAAGCGAUCUGGACAGUCCCAAACAACCCCCCAGCACGCAUACAGUUCAUGUUCACAGUGGUGCAGAAGACCAAGCUCUUCUGGGCUAUGGUGCCAGGGCCUGUGGCCACACUGAAAGGCACCACUGCUGAGCCACCACCUCCCACAACCAGAGACGGCACCACCACCACACCACCCGCAGUGCUGCCCAGUCUGUUCAGUGCAGAGGAGUGUGGGACCAGUAAGUCUUGCCUGCGUGACCCUGUCAACUGUGACCCCAAGACAGACCUGAGCUGCAACUUCCUGUCCUUCAGAACAGCGGAGCAGGGCGUGCAGUUUGAGUUGAGCGGCCCUGCAGAUGGCUACGUGUCUUUCGCCCUCUCCUUCGACAAGUGGAUGGGAAAUGAUGAUGUGUAUAUGUGUGUGAGAAAUGGCGACCGUGUGAAGAUCAGUGCUGCCUACGUGGUUGGGAGAACUCAUCCUGAGGUAGCAGCAGAGAAUGUCCUGAGGGACACAGCGUGGGCGCUGACGGACGGGGUCAUCCAGUGCCGCUUCAGCCGUGACGUCAACCUGGACCGGCUCAACCAGAGCCGCUUCCGAUUGGACCACAGCUACUUCCUGUUCCUGGCCAAUGGGAGAGCAGAGCGUGGCGUGAUCCAUCGUCACGGCCGGCAGCCCCUCAUCUCCAGCCGUCAGAUAGUCAUCACUGGCCCCCCAGAGGACCUGGAGGGCUCCCGCUCGCCCCUGCUCGUCAAAUUUCAUGGCAUCUUCAUGCUAGUGGCCUGGAUGACUACAGUCAGUACGGGAGUGAUCUUUGCCCGCUACUUUAAACUCGACUGGCCCGAAAGCUCUUUGUUUGGCCAGCGGGUGUGGUUUCAGGUCCACCGGGCCCUAAUGGCGAUGACAGUGGUGCUGACUGGCGUGGGGUUCAUCCUGCCCUUCGUCUACAGAGGAGGCUGGAGCAAGCGGGCAGGCUCCCAUCCUUACCUGGGCUGUACCGUCAUGGCUCUGGCCGUCAUCCAGCCAAUCAUGGCCCUCCUCAGACCGGCGCCAGACUCCUCCAGGAGACCCAUCUUUAACUGGAUGCACCUGGGAGCAGGCACCAUUGCACAAAUACUUGCAGUGGCUGCCAUCUUCUUAGGGAUCCACCAGCAGGCUCUGCUUCUGCCAGCGCCCUGCUCCACUGGGGUCCUGGCCGGGUUCGUGGUCUGGGGGGUGCUGGCAGACCUCGUUUUCGAGCUCCACAGUAGAGGUUAUAUUUUUCCAGAAGUGACUGCUCAAUAUUUUGCUGCAGGUCGUGAAGAGGAGGAGGACAAAGAGGCUAUCUUCCCGAGCUCCACAGAGGCAAACGAGUUCCGGUUCAAAAGGAUCGCGUUGGGAGUGUUCCUCUGUGGAAAUCUGGCCUUCCUGGCAACCCUCAUCACCAUGAUAAGUAACGUGUGACGGACACAGGAAGUCAUAUCUGUCUUUUUUUAUUGUAGCGGGUUUUGCACUCAAAAGAACAAAGUAGUUCUGAAGUCUAGUGAAGAGGGGGAACAGUAUUUAUCAUUUUAGCAAAUCAGCUGUCUGUUGAAAUGUUUACAUGUAACAUAUCACAAUAUAGGCCUUGAUCCUGUGGACAUUUUAGUUGUGAAAAUGGGGAGAUGAUCAGAGGAGAAUUAUAUCACACACAAGGAGAGUGUCAAUCAGAUUGCCAGAUGUCAUUGGAGGACAUGGAAACUGAAUUUAAAUUCGCACAACUUCAGUCAUUAAUUUCACACAACGUAAUCAGCAAUGUUAAAAUAAUCAUUAGGCAAAUUAUGACACUUUUCCUCAUUAGAAAGUAGAAGUAUUUAGCAGAUGCUGUCAUUUCAGACAACAGUCCUGGUAAAAGUUGUUUUAAAUCUAACUGCUGCCUCAAUUAGCUGCUUAGCAAGUUGCGUACUUGUAACAUCUGUUUUUGUUUGGUUGUGCAGUUAAUGUACCUUCAUGUGCCUUGUCUACUUUAAUUGGUACAUCUCAUUUCAGAGUUAUGAGAAAAUGAGAAAAGACACCCGUUCAUAUUUCUUUAUGUGUUUUGUCAAUUAAUACACUGCCAAUCAAGAUUUUUUUAAAAGUUUAUUGUACUGCAUCAUUUUCUUUUGCCAGACUAUUGUUUUAUUUCUUUGAUUUGUCAGCUGAUCGAUGAUAUUUCCUAUCCUUAUUUUUUUUGUUAUUCUUUUCAAAUUCUACUUUAUAUUGUGUUUUGAUGCUGGAGUCAUCAUUCUCAUGUACUCAGGUCACUAUGGCAAUGCCUAGUAUGAAUUCAUAAUGUCAAAGCAUUAGCAGGGAACCAAUGUGCAGUAUACUGUUGAAUUUGGGUGCGUUUCUCAACACUGUAGUUGCUAACUAAGGGCAGUUUCACACCUAGUCCCCUUUUAAGUGAACCGAACUCAGUCCUCUUUAAGUGGACCAAAAAGUGAACCGACAGCGACUCAUUUCUGUUUUUGUGUAUUACAAAAAGAACUGGCUAAUCUUUCUGGUCAUGUUGGGCUUUUAUGGUGUGCGAGUCAUCUUUUUGAUCACACCAGGUCAUCUAGAACCCUUAAGUGAUUAAACCUAGUCACAACAGUGUAACUUGUCAGGAUUGUACUGAGACCACGUCAAUACAGGUCACAAUACGGUUCACUUCCAAGGGGUCUGGGUACACUUGGAGGGUUCACAUAUGUACAGAAAAACCUGGAGUCACAGGUCUGAGUUCACUUAAAUAGCUGAAAGGGACCAGGUGUGAAAACUCUAAUUGUUAGAAAGUACUUGGUUGCAAUGCAAUUUCCCAUUGGCAGCCUAAUAAGUUGCUAAGUGGUCGGCAACAGUGCUUUCGGGAAACGGGGCCCUGAUUAGUAGUCGUUGUUGUCUAUGCAAUCAUGAUGAACUCCUCUGGUAGUUUAUAUUGUCAUUUGACCAUUUUAUUUAUUAUGAUUAACAGAGUUGUACCUCAUUAUUUAUCAUUCAUGGGACACCACUGAACUGCCAGGACCAAAGCUCUGACCAAAGACUACUUUUGAAACGGAGAGUGUUUAUACAGGUAUAGUGAUUUAUGUCACAUUUGUGGGUGACAAAUUCUUGUUCUUUCGUUCUAAAGGAUGUAAUUAUAAUGUACAGUGCCUGUGUAUGUUAAAAACCACACUCCUUCUGCAAUGCAAAUAUAAUUGUUUGUUUGAACAAAUGUUUCUCAUGAAAUAUAUUUUUAAUAAAUUGUUCACUGCACUUGCCAUCUAA